AUGAGGCUCUGGAGCCAAAAGGCGGAGACGGGGCGAGGAGGGCGGGGCCCCACCAGCAAAAAGACCCGGGUGCGAGUCCAGCCGCGGACACUUAGUGGCCCGGACAACGUCUGCCUCAGUUUACCCGUCUGUAAAGCGAGGGGUGCGGCAGCUCCUGGCCCCGCAGCCGGAGGGAGCCCGAGGCGAUGCCCGGAAAGCGCCGGGCAGGGGCCGCCCCGAGCGGGGGCCGCCCCGCGGACACGGGCCGAGGGCGGCGGGCCCGGAGCCCGGAGCGGGGAUAGAGUCCGGCUCCUCAGCCGCUGCCCGCCCCCCCCUCCCCCCCCCCCCGCCCUGUGCUUCCCCGGGGCUCCGAGCGCGCCUGUGGGGGCCUGUGGGGGGCCGCGUGGGCGUGGCCUCUGUGGGGGCGGGGGAGGGGCUGGGGACUGGGGGGGUUGGGAUGGGGGGCGGGGGGGGCAGUGCGCACACAGGCGGGGGCCCCGCACGGACGGCGCAUUCCCCGUCCCGGCUUCCAGGGCCCGGCGGCCAAGCGCCUUCUCGGGAGAAAACUUUGACUCCCUCCUUGCCUCCCCAGGCCCUUAUAACCCGUUCUUUGUGGCUCCCGAAGUGGAACGACAGAAGCCGGUCACAGAAAAGGCCUCCGUUUACUGCGUGGCCGCCAUCCUGUGGGCCGCGGCCAAGUUUAGCUUGGCCCCUAACCAGAAGCUGGCCCUGCCUCGGAAGCUCAAGGCUCUGCUGCUGGACAUGGCGCGGAGCAGCGCCGCCGAGAGGCCGUCCGGGGCCCAGGCCAUGAAGGUGUGCAGCAGCUACCUGCACCAGCGAGGGAUGGACAGCAAGAAGAUCCUGGCCCACCUGAGCACGUCCCCCCUGCAGGUUUACCAGGAAGAAGAAUCCAUUGGCCUGCAGAAUGCUCUGAGCGGUGUGGCCCUCGGGGCUAAAGGUGGCACAGAGGGCACGGAAGAGGCCGGGCCAGGGUUUGUCCCCCUGAUUCGGGACAGUGAGCUGGUGGCUGUGAAGGGCCCGCUGUCCAAGGGCAGAGGAGGGCCGGCCCUGCCCCCUGCGUUCACCUCUUUGGCCACUCACUUUAAACCCAUUGUUUUGGCAGAAGAGGCGGAAGUGACCAAGGACGGCCGUGCACCCCCCUCUGAUCAGUGUGAUCGGCUCGAGGGUCCGGGUCUGGCCCCGGGCGCUGCAGAUGGCGCUGAAAGCAAAGAGGCUGAGGAGCAGAUGGCCCCUCCGGGAGCGCCCACGCCACCCUCAGGCAACCCAGCCCAGCCCCGGCCCCCGGCCGGACCCACCUCCCCCGGGGUCCGACAGGAGAGCGAGCCGCUCGUCCCAAGGGACCCUGCUGGGGCCUCCCCCCCGAAGAACAGCUUCCUUCCUGCCCAGGCUCUAGAGGCCAGCACAGAAGUGCUGGAGGAGCCUCGAGUCCCAGGCCUUCCCGGGGGCAGAGACCUCAAGGGCCAUGUCACCUGUGGCCCUCCUUGCAGCCAGGGCCCCCCGGAGGCACCGGGCCCGGAGCCCAAGAUGGCAGGCAGCCGCAAGGAGGCACCGAGUCAGCCCCUGCAGAGGGGCGUCCUCAAAAGUCAAGGAGGGGAGAAAGAACCCGGCAGCUCGGGCCCCCCCUUGGACCCAGCAAAGCCCCUCCCAGACUCAGCAAAGCCCCCCACGGACCCGGCAAAACCCCCCAUGGACCCAGCAAAGCCGGCGGAUCGGAGGCCCCCAUCUCACUCAGAAGCCUCUGGGCAGAGGAGGACCAUCGGGCCAUCUUUGCAGCGCGUCAUGAGCCUCAUCCAAGAAGAGUUCGCCUUCGACGGCUACCUGGAGAACGGGCUGGAAGCCCUGAUCAUGGGAGAAUACAUCUUUGCCCUGAAAGACCUCACCUAUGCCACUUUCUGUGGCGCCAUCUCCGAGAAGUUCUGUGACCUCUACUGGGACGAGAAGCUGCUGCACAAUCUCUUCAAGGUCGUCAACCAGAAGACGUCCCCACCCGGGGGUGACAAGGAAACCGAUGGCUCUGAGUGGGAAGAUCAGGGCCAUGAUGGACAGGAACCAGUGAGCGGGCCAGCAGGCGGGAGACAAAGCAAGUACGAAGCAGGAAAACUGAGGCCGAGGGUCUCCCGCACCCCGGGGGCCGCCCCCUCUCCCACCUCGCUCUCGGAAAUGGACGCAAACGAGCUGUCCCAAAGCAACUUCGAGGUGGGGUUCCGGCCGCAGAGGCCGCCCGGCGGGGAGGCCCAGGAGUGCUCCGCCGAGGACAGCUGCCUCCGGGGCAGCCCGGGAGGGGAGGGCCCGGCCCCGGGGGCCAGGAGCAUCGCCCCCUCCCCCUGCCCCGCCGAGUUCCGCAGCUGUAGCCCCGGCUGGUGCAGCGCCUUCUACGAAGCCGACUGCUUCGGGCCUGACGUUCACACCUACGUGAAGAAGCUGGGGCGGCCGAAGGACGACGGGCCCCAAAACGCGGACGCCCCGGGUCUGACCCCCCUGGAGGAGCACGAGUGGAACCAGGAGCUGGAGCAGCAGCUGAUGAUGGAGAAAAGAAACUACCGCAAGACCCUCAAGUUCCGCCAGAAGCUGCUCCAGAAGGAGAAAAGGAGCCGAGGGUCCGACGUCAAAACCAUGUUGUCCAAAUUGAAAGGACAGCUGGAGGAGACGAAGGCCAAGGUGCAGUUCCUUGAGCUGGUCAGGAAGUACCUGCAGGUAAGGCAGCCCUGGCUCCUCCUCCUCUCCUUUCUCUUCUUUCCCAGCCCUUCUCACGGGGCCCUCUAA